CUGUCUUGCGUUUGCGUCUAGACCGAAGUUGGUUGACAUUUGUAUUCACGAUAAGAUACGGGGAAGACGGAAAACGCACGACUACGACUGGAUAGUUUGGCGAUGAAUUGACGUAAAAAGUAUCGUUCGAUAAUGUCGAUAAAAUUAUUAAUCAAUUGCUCCAUGUACUUUGCGGGCAAGUCGCAUACGGUAUACGUGAUCAAUAAUGCAGUGACUCUAAAGUCCAAGUGAUCGACAACAUAUGCGACAAAGUGAAAUCUGGUGGAACAUGUUUGUCUGCUGUUUGCAUCGUUGUUGUUAAGUAACAAGUCAUGCCCGGCGAACCAUCGGCCACAACUGGAAAUAAAUCCAGUGGCAAGGCAAAGAGGAUUUCUAUACCUCGCGUACAAAGCAGCACAGAUACCGAGCUACAGUCGCAACAGAGUCAAAGUGGUUCGACUCCGUUGCAACCCACUACUGCGUUGCACUAUGUUUGUUUUCGUUCAGAAUUAGAAGAUAGCCCUAUACCACCGGCUUUGCGAUGCCGCUUGUAUGAUCUCUUUCAGCAGAUUGAGAAAGAAUUUGAAAUGCUAUAUACUGAAAAUCUAGGAUUACAGGAAAAGAUUGACAUUUUGAACGAUAGACUGGAGAGGGAAUGCUAUGGGUCAGGUGAACGCAGUUUACCUCCUGGAGAUCUUAUGGAUUACCCGGAAACAAAGAAUCUUUCUAAGCAAAAGUCAAUGGGUGCAAAUUCUGCACAAAAGAUCAAAGCUUCUCAUAAAUUAAAGGCACAAACCAGUAAAAUAGUAUCAAGCUUUAAAACACCAUCAAUGACCAGUACUAUGCAAAGAGAAUAUGUGGGUCAUCGUGAUGGUGUAUGGGAAGUAUCUGUGGGUAGAUCAGGUCAACCUAUCAUAGCAACUGCCUCUGCUGAUCAUACUGCACGUAUAUGGGCAAUAGACAGUGGUCGAUGUUUGUUACAAUACAUUGGUCACAGUGGAUCUGUGAAUUCAGUCCGAUUUCAUCCAAACAGAGAAUUGGCAUUAUCAGCGAGCGGUGAUAAUUCCGCUCACGUAUGGCAAGCAGCUGUCGAUUGGGAUAUACCAAAGAGAGUACCAUCAUUAGAAGAACUUCCAGUAGCCAGUUCUGAACGAUCUACUACCAAUAAUUUAAUUAGUAAUAACGAGGAACAAGACGAUCCUCCAACUCUGAGAACACCGAUACGAGAACUUUUCGGGCAUACAAACGUUGUAAUGGCUGCAGAUUGGCUUCCUGGUGCUGAGCAGUUGGUUACAGCCUCUUGGGAUAGAACAGCAAACUUAUAUGAUACAGAAACUGGAGAAAUUAUACAUACUCUGUGUGGACACGAUCAAGAAUUAACUCACGUAUCGACUCAUCAUACACAAAGAUUAUGCGUCACGUCCAGCAGAGAUAACACUUUUCGGUUGUGGGACUUCCGAGAACCGAUACACUCGGUGUCGGUAUUUCAAGGUCAUACAGAAACAGUAACAUCUGCUGUUUUUACACGAGAGGAUAAAAUCGUAUCUGGAUCAGACGAUAGAAGCGUAAAAGUAUGGGAACUACGAAAUAUACGCAGUCCAUUAGCGACAAUACGUGGAGAUAGUGCUGCUAAUCGAUUGUCAGUUUCUAGCACUGGGACAGUGGCAAUACCACAUGACAAUAGACAAAUACGUUUAUUUGACUUAAGCGGUCAACGUCUGGCGAGAUUACCUAGAACUAGCAGACAGGGUCAUCGUAGAAUGGUGUGCUCUGUCUCCUGGUUGGAAGAUAAUAGUGUAUGUAAUUUAUUUUCUUGCGGUUUUGACAGACUAGUUUUGGGCUGGAGUGUUCUUCCUGUUAAAGAUGCUUGAAAUUGAUCAAAAACUAUGGUUUUAUCGGUCAUACGUUCAUAUUAGAGUGAUAUUGGGAAUAACUAGGUGCAAUUUAGAGAUGGAAGUACAUAUGUAUGUAACCAUACAAUAGAAAUCCAGAGAUUAACCCAAUCAAAGAUCCUCCCUUUCCAGUCUUGCAUACAACUGCAAUAGGGGAACAGGAUACACUGUAUGUAUUAUUAAACAAUUAUAGAUCAAAGAUGGAUUAUAAAUAUAAGUUAUGAGUUUUAAAGUUGCAAUAAACCUAUUGAACGUCUUA